GGGCUCGGCCGCCCGGCUGCCAACUACAAGCUGGCCUGCGCGGAGGCCCGGCAGCACUGCGAGGCGCUGGGCAUCCCAGACCCCGUGUGCCAGGUCUCCACUUACCUCUUCCCCGACGGCAGGGUCAUCGCCGGGCACCUGCAGGCUUUGGAGUAUUUGCAGGCGAAUGCCCGGAAAUACCAUUUUACACGUACAAAAAUGCUCCCUGUGAAUGGCGCUUUCCAUACGAGACUGAUGGAACCAGCCGUAGAGCCCCUGGCUGAGGUCCUGAGACACAUGGACAUCCAGAAACCCCUGAUCUGUGUCUACAACAACGUCGACAGCAAAAAGUACAUGCACGCGGAGCACAUUAGGAAGUUGCUGGUCAAGCAGGUGGUUUCCCCGGUGAUGUGGGAACAGACCAUGCACUCCGUGUACGAGAGGAGGCAAGGAACCGAGUUCCCUUACACGUAUGAAGUGGGGCCUGGGAAGCAGCUGGGGGCCAUCCUCAAAAAAUGCAAUAUGAAGGCCUGGAGACAGUACAAACAUGUCGAUGUUUCAGAAGAUGAGGGAGAAGCAGAGGAUUAA